UGGGGGGGGGGGGCACAACACCAACACCAAAGGCAGAGAGGAUUUCAGGAGUUUCGUAAAGCUGUUCUUUAAUAAAGAUUGAUGGGACCGAGAAUGGAAGUUAAGGACAAAAAUGAACAUCAAUAUAAAUAAAUGAAUGCUAUAUUAUUCACUUGCCUAAUACUAAUUUAUCGCCACGAAACAACGUGACUGAGUGUUGUGUGUGGGGGGGGGGGGUUCUGUGUGGGCAACUAAAAUAUACCUAAAAAUAAAACAGGCAACAUCUUGAUUUUUAGCACCCCAUCCUUGUAGGGUUCCAGUAAGUUUUAGCAGAUUCUUUAUUUCAAGUUUAUUCAGACCUUGUUUUAAUUGUGAAUUAGCAAUGUCCUGAAACAAGUAGCUAUAUUUGACGAAUCACUCGGUUUUUUUAUUUUCACUUAAGUUUAAAUGUAUUUUUUUCCCAUUAUUAUUUUGCUUUUUUUAUUGUUUUCCGCUUUUGUAUCUACCGUAAGUUUGUUAGUUUGUUAGUAUGUUGAAUUGUUUGCUGUUAUUUUAGGUUUGGCAUAUAACAAAAGCAGUACCAAAUAGCUUGUGUGUUGUUGUUUUUUUUGUUUUGUUUUUGUUGUUUUUCAUCUUAACUCUAUAGGUYACAGUUAAUACUAAUAAUAAUGCUGCUAAAAUACGGAUGUUAGUUCCCUUUCGAACAUGAAGACAUGGUUUUAAUAGACUCUUAAUGUCAGUCUUUAUCAAAAGUCAAAAAGGAUGCAAAAAAACGUUACACUAUGCUAUUGCUGCUUUAUUCAAACUAAGUCGGUAUCUAUUCAGUCAUUUUUGCAUGUUUAAAAUUAUGUAAUGCAAAAUACAAGUCCAAAAGAAUGUAAAAAUGGGGGGGGGGGCAGUGUGUUACUCAGGUAUUUUAAAACAUAAACAGGUUAUGUACAAAAUCAACAAAAUAAUGUAGGCAUAAAUAAUUAGGGAAAACUUACUAGACAGUUUAAACUCCAAUGUAGUUUUUCUUUUCUUUUCUUUCUUUCUUUUUUUUUUUUUCUUUAAUAAUGGCAACGCUGAUCCCCUGCAGGAGCCCCCCGGACAGCCUUUGGACGGGGAGUGUCUGCAUAUUAAACAGGCUGGACAGAUUUGGCGAGGCGCCGGCGGAAGCAGCAGGUUGUGGUGGAGGACAACAGAGCGGGACACGCAGCGCAGCUAUCCUCCUCAUCGCUCACCUGUAGCUGUUGUAGUUUACAUAGGAAAAGCAGAGCCAUGGCUCUGACCCAGGAAGCCGUGUUGUGUUUUCUGCUGGAGCGCGGAGGCAAAGUGAAAAACUCCGAGCUGGUGAACCAUUUCAAGAGCCUCAUCAACGGCGGCGAUCCCGCGGGAAAGCAGCACAAUAGAGAGCUGUUCAAGAAGCUGGUGAACAGCGUCGCGGUGGUCAGACAGGUCGACGAGGUGAAGUUCGUGGUGGUGAGGAAGAGGUACCAGGACUUUGUGAAAGAGGAGAUGGAUCAGAGCUUGUUCGGUCAAACCGCGAACAGCAACGCGCGGCGCUCGUCCAGUGCGAGCAAUUACUACAGUGAUGAUAAGAGCUGCGUGGAGAGUUUGCAGGAAAGCAGGCCUGCUGUAUCCACGGCGGAUUCGGCCACGGUUAAAGUCCUGAGUAUCUCCCGAGAUCAGCCGUGCAGAGCGAGUAAAUCCGGGGCUGUGUUCGCUGUCAUAGCAGUCAGAUCCCCAGAGAGAGACUCCGCGGCGGGAGCAAGAGACGGAUUGCGCUCCCAGGUGCAUCAGCAGCAUGGAAACCCUGACAAAGCAGUCAUCCGAGUUCCAUCACUCCCAGCUCUAACUUCUAACUCCUCGUCUCAACAGAGGGAGUUAAUAAAAGAGCCUCAGUGUUGGAAAUCCAAGCAGGCAGGAGCCAAGCAGGCCCCAGGUUCUCCCCUGGUGAGGCCCCAAAACAAGACCCUCAGACAGGCUGAUGAUGAGUCUGUGCCUUUGGAGCCAAUAGCCCAUGAGUGGCUUGUUAAGUGUGCUGCUGGGCUGUGGGGACAAAUAUAUGCUUUGCUGCUGCAGGACACACGCUUGGCACAGAAGAAGGAUUUCAUGUCAGGUUUCACAGCCUUGCACUGGGCYGCCAAGGACGGCAGCUGUGAGAUCAUACACAAACUCAUUGACGUUUCCAGCAAAAGGGGCACCUACGUGAAUGUCAACAGCAAAGCACACGGAGGGUACACGCCUUUGCACAUUGCAGCCAUGCAUGGUCACUCUGAGGUCAUGGUUGCUCUCGUGCAGCGCUACGGAGCCAGCGUGAGCGAAAGGGACAACGACGGCAAGAAGGCGCUUCACUACCUGGGGAAAGGUGCGUCGGCUGAGGUCAGGGCCCUGCUGGGAGGACCUCAGCAGAGCGGAGAGAAGAUGGAGGGCGAGGAGUACAAGGAGCACACAAGAGGCUUCAACACUAUCAGCAAACUGUUCCACCCUCACUUAGGAAAGAAACAUAAAACUUGCAGGUUUGCUCAUGAGUGGUAAGAGGGGCCCACGAGGGAAUCUAGGGAUGUCACAACUGUUAAGAUAUGGACAGCUGGUAAAACAAAAACAUGAUUCGAUUUUAUUUUAACCAAAACGAUAAACGUACCAGAAUCAUCAUUGUUAUUUUGAUUUAGAUUUCAGCAAAUAUGUCAAAUAGUCUCCGUCUUGAUUUAGUUGUGGUUUUGAAGUCCACAUUUUUUCAAGUUAAGUUAUUUAUCCUUAUGUCCUAUAUAUAGAUUAACGCAACCUAAUUUGUCUGGCUGUCUACUUCUGCAGCUGGUCUACAGUGAGCUGGACAGACAUGGCACAUGCGGCUUUCACGUUGGUGGAAAAAGUGAAGGGGCGAAGGGCUGGAUUACUCUUUGAUUUAUAUCGCAAAACUGUGUUUACUCCAGAUAUACGUCUGGUAUAUAAUUUAAAGGACUUUAAACCCUUCGAGAGGCAUGGUGGAAACAUUUUGGUGGAUUUAAAACCUUUGUGUACCUUGACGCAGCCAAUCCACAGCUAGUGUCCACAGUGUACUGUCUUGUACAGCUUUGUACAGUGUAUCACUGGUUUGAUAAGCGUACUAUUUAUGCAUAGUAUAUAAUUUUGGUUUAUUAGUAUUAACGAUGAAUGACUAAUUUUCAACAAAUUAUAUUGUUUAAGUUUUUUUUAACCUAAUGUGUAAAAUACCUGUAGAUGUGACUCUUGAUUUUGUAGCAUUGUUUUUUUUAUGUUGUUGUAUUUAUUGACUAAUGAACACUGACCAUAAAAACACAGCAGUCUAAUGAAACACGGACUUCCAAAAUACAACAUUUGUAGAAAGCACACCGGAUUAAAAACCUGCUAAUUCUUUGUUUUAUAUCCUGAAGCAUCUGAGAUGGCGAGGGGGUUCGACCUCACAUGUUUGAGUCUGCAACCUCUGUCUUUCUCGCACUGGAGAGAUAAUAUUUUUCUAACUUCUUCCCUGGCGCGUUGACUUUAGUAGCGCAGUAAUGGACUGUGCUGCAGGUGUAAGCCAGGAGGAGGUAACAGGGCUGAGCUCUAUGUAAGUAAGUCAACUGGCUCUAGUUGAUGGUGAUACGGCUUUUCUGCAGAAAUCAUCACUUGGACUUGAAAAUCAUUCUAAUGCAAAGCAGCGACUAGACUACGUGAUGUUAUGGAUUUUAUCUAAGCCUUUCAUUCCUAAGAUUAUGCCUUGUGUGAUGUCACCAGAGGCAUGUGUGAUCAAGCUUGCUUUUUGGAGCAUAGAAUUGUCAUUAUUAAAUAACAAUUUAGAUAGAAUAGCAAAACUAAUAUAAACUGACGGAUGUAUCAGUGGUAAACUAAAAUAAUAUGGGUUGAUUUUACAGAAACGUCUAGCUAGUAGCUUUAAAUUCUAUACUAAUAUAAUACAGAUAAUAUUAGUCUAAACCACAGAUUAACCAAUUUUAAAUGUGAAAUAUAAAUUCUCAUCUGUUUCUUGGCAAACUAAAAAUUUGUAUAGACACAUUCUGUAUGUAUUUUAUAACAGUUGAUCUUUUUUUUUGUUAAGUGUGAUACACUUUAAAAAGUACUUCUUCAUAUUUUCUAGUUAAGAAUUUGUCUAAAGUGUAGCAUUAUUAGAUGUUUACAGUUUAUUUGAAUAAAUCCAAUUGGUCCUCUUCUAAAGACCGAGCCUUCCUUUAUUCUCAGACCAAACAUCCAUUACAGCAGGGAUUUUCUGCUUCUUGUUUGAGAGGGUACAUGUUAUGUUUGGUGCACUGAAAAAGUACAAUUUUUUUCUCUUUUGCUGACCCAGAAAAUGAGUCUCUGAAGACAUGAAAAGAGACACAGAUGAUGUCGUCACUAUCAAAACAGCAGCAGAACAAUGUCCUCUUUGUAGUUAGUAGGAAACAAAGCCUUUUCUGCGUGGACAAAAGAUGUUUGCACUCAUAUAAAUAUUAUACUGAACCAAGUGAUUAGCUUGAACAAAGUUUUCUUUGAUAUUGUCAAAGGACUCAUUGAUUAGAAAAGAUGAUCAUUCAAUGAUAGAUCAAAGCUCUAAAGCAAGACAAACUCAAUGCACUUUGACAGAUUUGUAGAACAGGGUUAAUACUCUCUGCAGUUUGCAACAGCUAUGAGGGGUGAGAUAAUAAAAACUUGUCCAAAGCAAACUGGACAAUUUCUUACCAAAACUAAAAUCUAAAACUAAUGACAAAAAAAAGAACAAGGCUAAGUUUAGUUGUACCUUUUCUGAGAUGCACUAUUUUACAAAUGUGUUACAAGAUUCUGUGACUAAAGUAAAACUUUAAAAUUAUGGUGUUUCUGACUGUGUCACAGCCUUGAUGACGAACCAAAUAUGUUCUUAUCUGGUGUAAUGCUAAUCAGUGGAGAUAACACAGCUGUAGGUUCUUCAUAUUUCUCGACGUAAGAAAUGCUUUAGCAUAUACAUCAGGAGAAAAGUUCCAGCUGACUAAACAGAAUAGCUGACAACAAAGUCUUUAUCAGGAGAUCCUCUCAGUUCAGAGACAACAGCAAAUAAAUCACAGUUUAUCUUGACUGACAGUGACACAGCCUUUGGUCUCAGCAACAGAGUACACGUUUUAGACAACCAAAGUUUAGGAGACUAUAAGGUUCUUAAAUUAUUUAUUUUUAAUGCUUUUGUGGAAAAUACAAUUCAAUUUUGUUCAGUUUUGAUUUGCAUUCCGUGCUGCACAAGGAAACUACAACAAAUUAGGAAAGGUAUUCAUGCCCUUUAAAUUUUUCCAUAUUUUAUUACAGUGAUAAACUUUCUGUUUGGGUUUACUGUAAUGUGAUACAUUAAAACUGUAUAUUUGUGAUUAUGGCUCUAAACUUAUUUUACAGAUUAAAAUGCUGAAACUGCUGAAGCCCUUUUGAUUACAGGAAAACAUGGAAGCUAACCUAAAAGCUGAUUCUAUUUAUGCAUUUUUUUCCCCUUCA